GUUUAUGGCUUUACAAUUUCUCACAAGAAGUUAAAUUUCUGUUUUGAUUUCACAUUACUCCCUUAGACAAAUAUUGGUAGGAUGUGAAUUAAAUCUAGUCGUAUACAAGCAAAAUGUUAAAGCAGAUGCUGGCAUGUUGCAAGGUGUACAUAUCUGAAAGUCGAAACAGGGCUGCAUUGGAGUCAAUUGAAAGGGCUGCCAAUCUUUUUCCAGAGGCUCCAAUUGUCAACAAAUUUGAAGACGAAACUUAUAAUAGAGUUGGGUACACCCUUGUGUCCAAAUUGGUUCCAUGUUGUACCCUCAAGAGUGCCGUUUUUGAAAUGGUGAAAGCUGCUUUUCUAUCCAUUGAUCUUGAAAUGCACACUGGGACUCAUCCUAGGCUUGGUGUUGUGGACCACAUUUGUUUCCAUCCCUUGGUUGGUGCUUCUUUGGAUGAUGUUGCAGGGACCGCAAAAUCUCUGGCUGCUGAUGUUGGCUCAAGGCUUCAAGUUGCUACCUUCUUAUAUGGAGCUGCACAUGGAGAGGCAAGGACCCUUGAUUCAAUCAGAAGAGAACUCGGGUAUUUCAAGCCUAAUUCAGGUGAUAUUCAGUGGGUUGGUGGGCCUAAAUCCGAGUUUUUGCAACUGAGUCCUGACAGGGGACCUCCUCAAGCGGUUCAAGGCAAGGGUAUUGUCGUAAUUGGAGCAACUCCAUGGGUUGACAACUACAAUGUACCGAUAUUCUCUAAUGACAUAACAGCAGUUCGUAAAAUCGCAAAGAGAGUGAGUGGUAGGUGGGGUGGACUCCAUUCAGUGCAGUCUAUGGCACUUGCUCAUGGUGAAGGUAUAGUUGAGGUAGCCUGCAAUUUGCUAGAACCAAGUAGAGUUGGUGGCAGUCAAGUUCAAGUUCAAAUUGAGCAGCUUGCUAAGGAAGAGGGUCUACAAGUUGGGAAGGGAUACUAUACUGAUUUUUCCCAAGAAAAAAUAGUUGAAAAUUACAUAAAGCUGAGUCAUAAUUCUGACUAAUAAAGCUAUAUGAUAACAUUUGUUGAGUAACCAACCUUUUUCAAUUUAUAUUUUACCUCUAAGAUGUGAAUGUUUUAAUAAGAAUAAUAUUAUUUGCAGU